UAGUAAUUCAUAAAUAUGAGUCAAUCCGCAUCUUUUUUUUCUUUUUUUAAUCUUGCAGUCACGUCUUCGGAGAAGACUGAGAUUGUCAACAAGCAUAAUGCCCUGAGGAGGGGUGUUACGCCCACUCCUAGCGACAUGUUGAAAAUGACCUGGAACAAUGACGCUGCGGCCAAUGCGCAGCAAUGGGCCAAUGGGUGCUCCAUGAACCACAGCCCCGGCAGCAACCGAGUGAUCCCCACCAGUGGCUGUGGAGAGAACCUGUACAUGUCGGGCAACAAGGACUCAUGGUCCGAUGCCAUCCAGUCCUGGUACGACGAGGUGAAGGACUGGAGAUAUGGACAAGGAUCAAUCAACGGAGGAGUGAUCGGACAUUUCACACAGAUUGUUUGGUACAGGUCCAACCAGGUUGGCUGUGCCAUGGCCUACUGUCCCAACGCUAGUUACAAGUACUUCUAUGUCUGCCACUACUGCCCACCUGGUAACUACCAGUACACUCACCCCUACAAUGACGGAGCCUCCUGUGCUGACUGUCCCAACGCCUGCGACAACAAACUGUGCACCAACCCCUGUCCCUACUCUGAUCAGUACAGUAACUGCCCAGAGUUGAAGAAAGAGCAUGGCUGCAGCAACUCUGCCGUGGCCUCUUGGUGUCCUGCCUCCUGCCAGUGCACCACCGAAAUUAUCUAAAUACCACCUGUCGCCCACGGGGUCAGACUCCUCAGUCUUUAUCAAUAAACAUAUUCAGCAUUAAA